AUGGGAAAACCUCCUUCCUUUGUUUUCCUGAUCUUCUCACUCCAUUGCUUCAUAUCCUCCUUAGCUUUGAUUGAUACAAACAUCACUACAGAUAAAUCUGCACUUCUUGGCCUUAAAUCUUUUAUCACUUUAGAUCCAUAUGAUUCCUUAUCUACUUGGUCUCUCUCUUCUUCCCCAUGCAAUUGGGUUGGUGUCACUUGCAAUACUCGCCAUGGAAGGGUCCGUUCCUUGAAUCUUGGUGGCACAGAUCUUAAAGGCACCAUAUCUCCACAACUGGGAAAUCUCUCAUUUCUUGUUGAACUUGAUCUCAGUAGCAACAAUUUUUAUGGUCAAAUACCAACAGAGUUAGUUCAACUGCGAAGAUUGAAACUAUUGAACUUGAGCUACAAUGACUUUCAAGGACGAGUUCCAAUAUGGAUAGGAGAUUUAUCUACACUAGAGCACUUAAAUCUUCAAAAUAACAGCUUUGAUGGAUCCAUUCCUAUUGAGGUAGGAAGACUUGAGCGUUUGAAAAUUUUACGACUUUCGAGAAACAAACUUUCAGGAAUCAUUCCUCAAACAAUUACCAACUUAUCUUCACUUGAGUUAUUACAUUUGUCUUAUAACACUUUGUCAGGAGGCAUACCAAAUGAGAUUGGUGAUCUUCCACGACUACAGAUAAUAUAUCUUGGAGAUAAUCAACUUGCUGGUUCUAUACCAAUCUCAUUAUUUAACAUAUCACUGCUACAAGAAGUUGAUCUUGCAAUAAAUAAUUUAUCUGGGAGUCUCCCAACAAAUGUGUGUUUUGGACUUCCAAAACUUGAAAUAUUCUAUGUCAAUGGAAAUGAUUUGUCUGGAAAAAUACCUUCCGUUUGGCAUCAAUGCAAGGAAUUGGUAGAGUUACAAUUAGGUGAUAAUAUGUUCAAACAAGGAAUCAUUCCAAGUGAUAUUGGAAAUUUGACAAGCCUCCAAUUCUUGUGUCUUGACAAUAACAAUUUGCAAGGAGAGCUCCCUUCUUCAAUUUGCAAUGCCAGUUCACUUGAAAUUCUCAACCUAUCCCACAACAAUUUCAGUGGCCCAAUUCCACAUUGCAUUGGGAGCUGUAGCCCUGCACUUUAUGUGUUGGAUUUGCAAAGUAAUAGCUUUUAUGGCACCAUACCAAAGUCAUUUGAGUUGGGAAACAAGUUGAGGACCCUAAAUCUUAAUGACAAUCUUCUGUAUGGGUCGUUACCUCAAUCUUUGGUCCAUUGCAAAAAAUUAGAAGUCUUAGACAUUGGUAGAAAUGCCAUUCAUGGUACAUUUCCCCAUUGGGUUCAAGACCUUAAAGAAUUGAAAGUGCUUGUUCUUAGAGAGAAUAAGUUACAUGGUUUUAUCCCUAAUUUAAAUAGCAAAGCUGACUAUGCCUUUACAAAGUUGAGAGUCUUUGACAUAUCCAACAACAACUUAAGUGGUCCUUUACCUGCAACAUACUUCAAAUCUUUUGAUGCUAUGAAAAAUCAAGAGGGAGAAAUUGGUUUAGAAUACAUGGGUUCCAAUCUAUCUGAUCUCAUUGUCACAUAUCAUGACUCCAUUGAGGUCACCUUGAAAGGAUAUGACAUUUAUAUGGAGAAGAUCUUGACUAUUUUCACAUGCAUUGAUCUAUCUAAUAACAUGUUUGAGGGAGAAAUUUCAAUAUCGAUUGGGCAACUUAGAGCAUUGAAGGGGCUCAAUUUUUCUCAUAAUAGGUUCAUUGGUGUGAUUCCAAACUCGAUAGGAAAUUUGAUAAAUUUGGAGUGGUUGGACUUGUCAUCAAAUAAGCUUAUUGGAAAAAUUCCUACUGAGUUGACUAGUCUCAACUUCCUAUCUAUCUUAAACCUUUCACGAAACAAACUUGAAGGUUGCAUUCCUAGGGGCCAACAGUUUGAGACUUUCACAAGUGAUUCCUUUGAAGGAAACAAACAAUUGCAUGGUUUUCAACUAAUGAUUCCUUGCAUCCCUAAUAGGGAAAGACAACCACCACUACAAAGUUCAAGUUUUGAGGCUAGAUUUGAAUUUGGAUGGAGACCUAUCUUGCUAGGGUAUACAUGUGGAGCCUUACUUGGAUCAACAACGUUUUGGGUUGUGAUAUUUACUGGUAAACCUCAAAGGCUUGCAAAUUUUGUGGAUGAUCCACUUGCAAAGAAAGGGAGGAGAAGGGUGACCCUAUCUCAAGGGGUAGAAUCAGGAGCUUUACCUCCUAACGAGGAUGUCUUGGAGAAGGCUUUAAGGAAUGUUGAUCACCCUACUCAUGUUUGGGGUGCAAGAUUUAGAGUAACCAAGAAGGAGUACUUUGCUAAGGCCCUAAAGAAACCUAAAAGACUAUCACUAUUGGAGAGGUGGAUUUAA